UAUCUCUACCAGACAAAGUCAUAACAUAACACCAGAAAUAUUUCAAAUAAUUAUUAGAUUGCUGUGUAGCAAACGAUUCUUGUCCCACUUAUAUUUUUUUCGCUUUUUCUUCUAAUUGUUCUGAAUUGUUUACGUGAGAGUUUUUCGUUUACAAAGUUAAGUGUUAACAAUUAAUGUAUUGUGAAAUUUUGAUUGAUAACAGUCACGCUUGGUGUAAUUCAGUCAAUAUAAAUUUAUCAUUACAGUAUGACAUUUUGAUUUGACAUUCAUCUAAAGUGUCUAUGAGUCAUCUAUUUACCAUUUUUUUGUCUCUGACAAUUACUCCUUUUCCCUCAUUGCUGUUUCUGUGAAGAGUUGAAAAAAAUCGUCAAACGACAGAUUUAAGGCUAAAGGAUAGAAGUUUAUACAAAAUUUAACAAAAUUGUUUCCUGAGUCAGCUGUAUUUUUUAAUUCAUCAAAACGGGGGCCGAACAGUCAGCGAUGUCUGUCUCACAGAUGGAGAAAAACUUAUUUAAUCUAAAAUUUGCUGUGAAAGAGUUGGAACGCAAUUCAAAAAAAUGCGAAAAAGAAGAAAAAAUCGAAAAAUCUAAAGUUAAAAAAGCUAUUCAGAAAGGAAAUAUGGAAGGAGCUCGAAUACAUGCAGAAAAUGCAAUACGACAAAAGAAUCAGGCUUUAAAUUAUUUACGAAUGAGUGCACGAGUAGAUGCUGUUGCUAGUCGAGUACAGACAGCUUUGACAACUCGAAAAGUGACACAAUCAAUGGCUGGUGUUGUAAAAGCUAUGGAUGCAGCAAUGAAAUCGAUGAAUCUAGAAAAAAUUUCGGGUUUGAUGGAUAAAUUCGAAAGUCAGUUUGAAGAUUUAGACGUACAAAGCUCGUACAUGGAAAAUGCGAUGUCUCAAACUACUACUACCAAUGUACCACAAAAUGAUGUUGAUUCCUUGCUUCAACAAGUUGCAGAUGAAGCUGGAUUGGAACUAAAUUUGGAGUUGCCAUCUGGACAAACGGGUACUAUUGGUACAUCAACUGCAGUGAGUCAAGAGCAAGAUGAACUAACUCAACGACUUGCACGGUUGAGAGAGUGAAAUUAUAAAUGUUAAACUUUUAUUAUAUAUAUAGUAUCUCUACAUUUUAUAGGAUAUUGUAUUUUUUGAUCUUUGCCUCAAUGUAUAUUUUUUCAAGUUAAUAAUUUAUAUGAUUUAUGCUUAA